CGGGGCGGGGCGUGGGGGCCGCGCAUGCGCACUACGCCAGGUUGGCUGGCUGCGCCUCUCGGGCUUGUUCAUGGCGUGGCGGGCGGGAAAGUCGAGCUUGAGGAUCGCCGGGCGCGAUGUGCAGUGACUUCCGCAGGGCCGAAUCGGGGACCGAGCUCCUUGCACGACUUGAAGGUAGAAGCUCCUUGAAAGAAGUAGAACCACAUCUGUUUGCGGAUGAAGAUUUGCCAGUGCAUGGUAAAAAUAUGUUAAAUAAAAGUGAUAUUCUUGAAUUUCACGGUCCAGAAGGCACAGGGAAAACAGAAAUGCUUUACCAUCUCACAGCCCGGUGCAUACUUCCGAAAUCGGAGGGCGGCCUGCAAAUCGAGGUCGUAUUCAUCGAUACAGAUUACCACUUUGACCUGCUGCGGCUUGUCACGAUUCUUGAGCACAGACUGUCGCAGAGCUCUGAAGACGCCGUCAAGUCCUGCCUGGGGCGGUUCUUCCUGGUGAGCUGCAGCAGCAGCACGCAGCUGCUGCUCACGCUCCACUCCCUGGAAGCGCUGUUUUGUAGCCACCCCUCUCUCUGCCUUCUGAUUGUGGACAGCCUGUCUGCCUUCUACUGGACAGACCGCGCCAACGGAGGGGAGCGCACUGCCCUGCAGGAGGCGACGCUGAAGCAGUGCUCGCAGCUCCUGGACAGGCUGGUCCGCGAGUACCGCCUGCUGCUGUUCGCAGCGACACAGAGCAUUAUGCAGAAGGCCUGCGAGUCAGCGGAAGAGUCGUCUGAGACACGCCCAAGCAAAGUGGACAUGGACUACAGGCCCUACCUCUGUAAGGCCUGGCAGCACAUGGUGAAGCACCGUGUGCUCUUCUCCAGAGAAGACAGUCCCAAGAGCAGUGGCCGGUUCACGUUGGUUUCUCGUCAUCUAAAAAGUAACCGUUUACAAAAACAUUUUUUUAUGAUCAGAGAAAGUGGGGUUGAGUUUUGUUGAUAUAUAUCAUAAAGUAGGGUUUUGCAAGCUAUAAUGCAGGUCUUUAAAAAGUCUUUUAUAGGCUAAGGUGGUUUGAUUCCAAAGUUUUAAACACUGGGGAAAUUUAGUAAUAUUUCUGUACAGAAUGGAUUUCUUAAGUUAGGACAGUAAAACUGCAAACUGUUCUGAUCCAAGCCAUUGAAGAUCAAUCAAAGUAAUAUUAAACUUGUACUGAGCUUCUUUUAAAACUGAAUAAAAAAUGUACACUUUUCAGACUAAAUAAAAUAGACAUAAUGUUAUGUCA